GGAUUAUGGUUCAUUAAUUCAAGUGAUAACAUAUCAUCGAUUAUGUUUCAUUAUUCCUACUCUCUAUUUUCAUUAUAAAGAAAUAAAAGUUACAUCGUGUGCUUUAUAAAUUUUGAUCUCAAUAUUUUAUAGGUAUGAGUAUGAAUUUAAUCAAGAUAUUGUUGAAGAAAUUGGAAAUCGACUAAAUUGCACAGCAAUGAAUGUUCCUGACCCUGCAGUUGGAAUAAAAGAUCAUGUGAAUAGUCUAGCUGUUUGGUUACAAGAUGGAUCUAAUGAUGUUGAUGUAGCUGUGAUCUGGGGGAUGGGGGAAAUUGGCAAGACCACCAUUGCAAAAGCUGCAUAUAACCUGACCUUUCACGGAUUCCCGCGCAGCUGCUUUUUCACAGAUGUUACCUCAGCAACGUCACCUGAUUCACCACAAUCUGUCCAUCGUUUCGUUUGCUUGCACAAAAAGUUUCUGUUUGACAUCCCAAAGGAAAUAUACAACAAGGGUGAAGGAAUAAACAUGAUUCAACGUUCUGUGCGUGGGAGAAAAGUUCUUAUUGUUUUUUAUGGUCUGAACGACUUGGACCAAUUCAAUGCAAUUCUUGGAAUGCGAGAAUCGUUUUAUCCAGGAAGUAAAAUCAUCAUAACCACUAGACUACAUGAAAAUAUAUCAAAGGCUCGUGAUCAAGUGUCUGCAACGUUUAAAGUUAAGGGUCUAGAUAGCCAUGCAUCGCUUGAGCUCUUCUGUUGGCAUGCCUUCAAACAAGACUAUCAUGUCCAAGGUUACGAGUGUUAUAUAGUCUCUGUAAUAGAACACUGUGGAGGGAACCCAUUGGCUCUUCAAGUUCUGGGAUCCUCUCUCUUUGGAAAAACUCUAGAGGCAUGGAAAAGUGCAGUCCAAAACUUGAGCCUGAUUACUGGCGAUCCCAGAAUUCAAAAUAUUCUCAAAAUCAGUUUCUCUUCUCUAUCAGAUCAUGACAAAAGAUUAUUCCUCCAUAUUGCAUGUUUCUUCAUAGGAAAGGACAUGAAUUUCACAGCUACAGUACUGGACUCCUGUGAUUUUUCGACAAGGUUUGGAAUUCAAAAUCUAGUUGAUAAAUGUCUAGUUGAAUUUGGCCUGGUUGACAAAUUGUUCAUGCAUCCAUUACUUCAAGACAUGGGAAUGGGAAUUAUUCGCAAAGAAUCACCCAAGGACCUCGGAAAGCGUGGUAGAGUGUGGCAAGAGGAUGCGUUUAAUAUUUUGAGAAAAUUAACUCUAAUUUCGCUCACUCUGCAUUUGGAAUUGAUGGAGGGUGACAAAGGGAAGGAGAUGAGGGAAAAGAGUAAGGAAUGGAAGAAGAAAGCAGAAGCAGCUACGACAUUUGGUGGGUCUUCUUACACUAACUUUGAUGUGUUGAUUAAGCAGCUCAAACAGUUACAACUGUUGCAUUAA